CACAUCAAGUGGAUGCACACGCCGCCACACAAACUUGCCGUUCGCCAGAUGCAAGUACAGAAAACAGAGUUGAGGACAUAAGCACUACCUACCGUCAAGACCAAGAAUCCGUGUGGUUGGUCGACCACAAGCGCCGGCAACGAAGCCUUGGCACAGCGACCGCCGACCUGUUGAAGCGCAUCACGACCAUACGACCUGCAUCCGCUUUGAGCUACAAUAGCUCUGCGCCGCGCUCGCGCUUUCCCCCCUCCUCGUGCGCGCAUCCUUUACUAUCUCUCUUUCUUGUCGCUCCUUUGCAUCAUUUUUUACUUGCAUGAUUCUCUGGCGUUGGCUUGCGCGAGUCUUUGACGAGCCUCCAAUUUCGUGCUGACGAGGUCCAACGUAGCGUGGCAACCGCCACAGCGUGCACAGCUUGCGAGAGAGUCAGAGUAAAGAUCGAGAGCGCGAGACAAGAACACUGUCAUGGCGGACAAUAAGCGAAAUAGCAUUGCGGGGAAGAUUGCGACUCCAAACUUGAAGGUCGGCGGCGGAUCGAACAAGGAUGGCAUAGAUGCAGAUUCGAAUUUGUCCAAGGCCGUUGGAUCACGCAUCAAGAUCACAUGCGCCCCAAACAACAAUGUGCUCGAGGGCACACUCUUCACGGCUUGCAACCUCACCAACGCCAUAGCCAUCAAUACCGCACCCGCCCCACCGAACCCCUCCGCACCCCUCUCCAGCCAGCCGGGCGACUACCACAUCAUCCCCUUCGCCCACAUACUAUCAUUCGAGAUCGUUGGCUCCGGAGAGCGGGUAGCCGAGUCUACACCAGGCUUCAAUGGCUCGCUCCCAAGCAUUUCAAAGGUGGAUCUCGCUGCGCUGCAGGCGCGAGAAGAGCAGACAAUUCGCGAGAUGAAGAAGAAGGACGCACAAAAGGGCAAGGGUGUUAGUAAGGAGGCACAGGAGUUGUUCGAUGCCAUAUCUAGAACCCUCCCAACCCGCUGGGCAGACACGCAGAUCGUGGUCAGCGACUCCGUCCUCAUCCAGGCUCCAUAUACGCUUGACAACAUCAGAGCACCCGCCGACAAGGCACAAGCCGAGAACCACGUCCGCAAAGUGGUCGAACACUACUACCAGCGCAAAAAGGGCGCUUCUUCAGGGGGGACUGCUCGCGCUCCAGUCGCCAUGCCCAUCGCCCCACGAAAAGGAGGUUAAAGAUACAGCCCCCACAGCUAUACGUUGUGAAAAAGGAACGCAGCGAAAAGUCAAGUCUGGAUGUGGGGAGGCUAUAGUAAGGGGCAAAGUGUUUGGCUUUCCUCGGCUGGCAUAACAAAACUGCCGCCAUGCACUAUGUAGAGAAAACAUGAGCGGAAGAGAGUGUGUGUGAAAUAACGUUGGCACUGGAAUGAGUGGACUUGGGCAUUAGGGGCUGUGGAAAGUAUCAUAUGAAAAUGUACGUAUCACGUGGAGAACAAGGGAGACUUUGGGUGUAGCUAGCUAUGUAGUCGAUGGGUGGAUGCAUCGGAACAAUUGAAACUUGUCU